GAGGCUGCGCGAAGAGCGAAACCCCACGCCGCACCAGACGAAAGGCCAAAAAAACAAAAGAAAAACACAGCACAAAGCCCACCCAUCUCUCUCUCCUGUUACUAUCUACCUUGCCUCCACCCAAAUCCCAAACCCUAGUGCCCCCAGGUCGCCAGAUCCCUCCCCGACGCAGCGCCCUCGCCGCCAUGCGGAUCCGCAAGAGCGCUUCCCGCCUCCUCGGCUCCGCCUACUCAGCCGCCGCUCCCGCGGCCCCGGCCCCCGACGCGUCGCCCCCAUUAGAGCUCCCGCCGCCGCCGCCGCACCUGGCGCCGUGCUCCGCGCCCGAAUAUUGCGGCGGGGGCGGCUUAGCAAGCCCCGCUACUGCCUCUGGGGAGCACUGCGAGCUCAGCCGCUCGCCGUGGGACCUCAUCCCCGAGCUCUCCAUCUCUGAUCCCCAGGUGGAGGAUGACCUUGUGGGCAAGUAUUUCGUCCAUGUCGCCUGCCGGGCUAGCUGGCUCUUCACGACCAGCAUGCCAACCGCCUCAGUGAAGAAGAAGGAGAAGCCUGCCGUGGCAUCGGCCGGCGAGGACAACCGUGAGGUUGUGAAGAAGGUGAUGAAGAAACUGACAACAUGUAAGGAGAAGAAGAAGAAGGAGAAGGAGAGCGAGGUCAAGAAGAAUGCAAAGGUGAAGAAAGAGGAGGGCGAGGAGAAGAAGAAGGAGGAGAGCGAGGACGGGGGAGCACAGGUCUGGAAGUGCAAGAAGAACGACGGCAAGAGGUGGCACUGCCACCGGACAGUGAGCCAACCCAACUCCCUCUGCGACUACCACUUCGUGCAGAAGCGCUCCUACUUAAACCCUGAGUUUGAGUUUGCUUCAGCAGUGGCGUCAGAGGCGGCGCCUGUGUCAGCAGCAGCCUCCAAGCCCUCAAGCACCUCCAAGCCGCGGAAGAAAAAGUCCGGCGGCGACUUUGUGGCAACCGAGGGCUUCUACUACUACACUGGGUUCGGCCCUUCCCGCACCAAGAGGCACUGCAGAAGCAGCGGCAUGAACGAGCCUGUAUCUGCAAAGCAAGAAUUGGAACAUCCCGAAUAUGCUUCUCCUACUAAUCAAGCUCAAGCUGAUGAUGAUACCAACCGGGCAGCAGAUCAUGAUGAUGUGUCUAUGUGCGACGAGGACAUCGCCGGGAUCGCCGGUGGCGACGAGGAGAGCAGCGACGACGACGGAAUUGGCACCUCUGUCCGCACUAUCAAUGGAAAUGGUGAGCCCCGAGCUAGCAAUGAUGACAGCAAGAGGAAGACCCCGUGGAAGCGGUGGAGGAAGCCCAUGAAGGCGCGGUCGCUCAAGUCCUUGAUGUGAGCGCGCACCGACGUGCUCUCACGUCCGUGGUGUAGAAGAGAAGUUAGCUUAGCUUAGCUUGUUUCGAUUUUGUGGUUGAAUUGAUUAGCUUGUUGUUUGACUUUUGAAUUUCGUUUUGUUGUUAAUUCUACGGUUAGUCCAUGGUAUUAUACUAUUUGUUUUAGUUAUUUAGGCUAGUUUUACUGUGUUUAGAAGCCUAUCAGAGUACCAGUAGUCUGCCAUGUUGAGUUUGUGAAGGAUCAUAUCAAACCAAUGUGCUUCUUCUUGAGUUUGAGUCCAAAUGUAUUCCUGUUGA